AAGAUAAAAACCUCCCCCAUGACGAGGGACAACGCGUACCCGUCACCGCUCACUUCUAUCGCACGCCGGUGACGGAAUUUAGAACAAACCCACCACCUUUUGUGUGUCAGAAUUCGGUUCGUUAGUUCUCUUUGUGGGUUCAAUUCUCUAUUGGGGUAUCGGCGUUACGGAGAUUGUCAUGAAGUUUUAGGACAUAAGUAAUAUAUGGUUUGGAUCAAUCCUUUGAUGCUUCUGUUGCGUGGUUUGGUAUCUGUACGUGACUGUCUCGAAUGGUGGAAGAUACGGCGGAAUUCUUGUUCAUAUUCUCCUGAUUAGUUUCCAUUGAGGGUCUGUGAUUUUACCCUAUCGUCUAUUACUUUCAGAAUUUCGGUUCUUAGAAUUAGAUUUUGCCUCUUGUGAUAUAACCGAAAUACGAUCCUAAAUAGAUUGGAAUCAGGAGGGGGAAUUCCUCUCUCAGAACGUGGGGCUUUAGUGUUGCAUAUGAUUGUGCUAAAGAUGUGGCGCAAGACAAGAAUGGUUAUGGAGGCACACCCUGCUUUAUCCAUUCAGAGAUCAGGAGCAAAGCAGUUAACUGACCUUGGAGUGUCCGGACCACUGUCUUCAUCUUUUCCAGUACUUCCAACUCCUCGAGAACAGUCAUAUCCCAAGUUGCCUGACUCUCAACAAAUUUCCAUGGAAAAGGAAAUAAUGGCAAGGCCUCUGGUCCGCUCAACUUCUAACAGUGGAGUAGUUGGUCAUAUAUUUUCGUCAUCUGCAGGCUUCUCAACAGAUCUUCAUUACUCUUCGGUUUCCCCUGGUGAAAAACAUUUAAGGAACACUCCCUUCUUUUCUCAUUCAUCAACUAAUCAAGCAGCUUUGCCUAGAGGGUUGCCUCAGUCUGCCACAUCAAGUUCCUACACCAAAGAAAACAGUGAUUCCUGGUGUACGGAGUCACUUCCUGAUUUUUCUGAUUUUCCCAUAAACGUCGCAGUCCAGGAUAGGCAAAUUGAAAGCAACACUGUGGUUGUGGCAUCCGAGGAAUAUAAUAAACCAAACGAUUGGCAGGAAUGGGCAGACCAACUAAUCAACGAUGAUGAUGAUUUGAAUGCUAAUUGGAAUGAGCUUCUUGUUGACAACAGUGUCGCAGACCUGGAGCAAAAGGGGACGUGCCAGGGGCCUAAAUCAUCUUCAACUAUUCUAGCUCCCCAUCCCAUUCAUCAGCAGCUUCCUACCCCAUCUGCAGAAAUCCAUACUGUUGCCAACCCCUCACAAUCUGCAAAUAGUUCCCUGGCAAAGCCACGUAUGCGGUGGACACCUGAACUACAUGAGGCCUUUGUGGGGGCUGUCAGUCAACUCGGUGGUAGUGAAAGAGCCACUCCGAAGGGGGUGCUAAAGCUCAUGAAAGUCGAAGGCUUGACCAUCUAUCAUGUCAAAAGCCACUUGCAGAAAUAUAGGACUGCCAGAUAUAGACCAGACUCAUUAGAAGGAUCCUCAGAGAGGAAAUCAACAACCAUUGACGAUAUAUCUUCUCUUGACUUGAAAACCAGAGGUAUUGAGAUAACUGAAGCUUUGAGAUUGCAGAUGGAAGUUCAAAAGAGACUGCAUGAACAACUUGAGAUCCAACGAAAUUUACAGUUACGGAUAGAAGAGCAAGGCAGGUACCUCCAAAUGAUGUUUGAGAAGCAAUGCAAGCCUGGCGUUGAUAAGCUGAGGGCAUCGUCCUCUGCUUUGGAGAAUCCGUCAGCUCCAUCUUCAGAUGCAAUCCAAGAUUCCUCUGCAAAAGAUGGACUGGAUGCCGCCCAUGUGGAAACUGGAACUGAUGGUGUCAAGGCCACCUCUACACCAGAAAUAAGUUUGCAGGAUUUAGGGGGUAAGCAGAAGGCACCACAAAAUGAAACUCCUGAGGAUCAUGACCCAGAUGUUUCUGAGUCAAGUUCCCAGCCCUCAAAGCGUCCAAGAACCGAUGACUGAGCAGACUGAUGAAUAAGCUUUCGACAAUAAAUUGACAUGCAUGGAAACUGAAGAUUUUGUCUUUCUAGGACCCUUUAGGUGCCCGACUCAUUGCGCUUUGAAACUAAAGAUCAUUAUGGAAGAUUUUAAGCGUUAUUUAUUAGGGAGGCGGCCCGGCGAAUAAUACUUUGAACUGCAGUGCCCUCUAUAGUUUUUCCUUGAUGUCUUUAUUGUAGUGUUGUUAUGAACUCUUUUUAGUCCCAAAAGACAGAUUACAUGGGAAGAGUACUGUUGAUCAUUCUCCAACCUCCUUAUUUCUACUUGUUCUUCAUUGUGCAGAGCUGUUAAACAUGAACUGGAAAUGGUUCCCUAAAACCAGCAAAGGAGUCUCAAUUUGUAGAAACAAUGGUGUUUUUUUACUGAUUAAUGUAUUAUACUCUUAUUA